UUUUCGUCGUCCACCCGUUUCUCUUUCCCUUGAAAAUCCCCCAACACCACGCAAAUCUUCGAAUAAAUCACUCGCUCAAAUCCUCAAACACACAUUCCUCUUCAGGUUUCCGUACCUGAAAAUUGAAAGCUCGCAACGAAGCAGCAAUCUUGACAUUGUCCUUCCCCAUUCAGGUAGAAACCUGCAAGAAAAUGCUGCUCCGUCGUGCUCUUUCUUCAACUCUCUCUGGGAGUUGUUCUGUUCCCAACUUUCAUUCCCCUUGGAGUUGGAAUUCGGGUCCGCUAUCGUUUCCUGUUUCAUGCAAAUUUUCGCUGCUGGAUGGUGCUACGAAAGUGAGAUUGAACAGUGUGUCGUCUCGGAAAAUUAGAAUGGUUUCAGCAUCUAAUAGUGCUGGAAAUUCAAGCUUCAGUGUAGAGAACACGAGAAAAGUAGUGGAGCAUCUAUGCCUACUCAAAGCAAAGAAAGAUUUAACCGAGGCUGAUGAGAAGGAUAUGUUGGAUUAUCUGUAUACUUGCCAAUAUCAAAUGCGUGGAAUUGUUGCCAUCUCUGUGGGACGCAUCUCCAAUGAAAAUGUAGAAAACUAUACCCAUGCUGUUUUCAUGCGUUUCCAAAGAAAGGAAGAUGUUGCCAAGUUCUAUGAGAACCCAUUCUAUUUGGGAAUUCUCAAGGAGCAUGUAACGCCUCAUUGCAAUGAAAAGCUUUACAUAGAUUAUGAGUCUGAAGUUGAAGAUGAUAUCAUUCCUAUAUUUCGUAAAGGGGAGGAGUAUAACUAUGGUUUAGAGUUUGUUCAUCUUAUUGCAUUUUAUGAGAGUUCAUUUGGUGCCCCUGUGGAAGAUGCAUUGGCAUCUCUUGCUCGGCUGACCAAAGAAUUCCCAUCGUUAAUUGUCCAAUCCACUCAUGGUUCAAAUUUCCAUCCCAGCAGUAAGGACUAUACACAUGCAGUAGUCAUAAGGUUCCGAUCAUCUGAGGCAUUUGAGUUAUUCAUGGGAAGCAAGGAAUACAAUGCUGUCUGGAGAUCGAAAUUCGAGACGAUAAUCAAAAGAUCACUUCCCGUCCAUUUCUCUGUUGACCCGGUGGGAGAAGAGGUUAUGUAGUGAUGGUCAAUCUUUGCGAUUGUAUGUACUAUUACCGCAUCCUUCAUCCUCUGGAGCCCAGGCAUCAAGCAAUGGGAUUAUAACGCCACUAAUUCAUAGAGGUAAACAAAGUUAAGUACAAGCCAUCAGGCUAAUCUGCCAUUGAAUGGAGAAAAGUUGGUCUCAAAUCUCUGCAAGAGUUUUUCUGAUGUUCAUGGAUGGUAGCUGCAGCCUGCAGGGAUUUUCAAGGCCUCCUUGAGAGGUCCAUUGUGAGAGUUGCAUCACGCUAGAGCAUUCCAGGCACAUAUGGCAGUUCCCUUUCUUUGUCGUGCACAGUUCUAUUUUCUGUAAAACUUCUUUUCUACUGUCAUGGGGAAAUUACUACCAAACGCUUUGAUUUCAAUUAGCCUCAGUUCUUAAAUAUGUUUGGUGAAUAUUCGGAUGUACAUUCAAGACGCCAAUCAUGAAAUGGAUCCAGAUCAGUCACGC